CACCCGUCGUCUCACGCGCGCACCUAAACACCUCACACAAAAUGGCUGCUAUCAUGGCUUCCUCUUCCGCCUUCGCCGGCGUGAAGGUCCAGGCUCGCGUCGCCGCGAAGAACACGCGCGCGAAGACCGUCAUCAUGGCGAACUCUUCCGGCCCCAAGCGCGGCACGAAGGCCAAGGGUGGCCAGGCUGGCGUCGGCUACAAGGGUUCCACCGAGGGCGGCUCCGCCCCGAAGACCCGCUCCGGCAAGGCCGGGUACGUCUACAAGCUCGGCCUCCGCAACGGCAAGGCGAACGUCGACGAGUACUCCCCCAUCUACACGCCGGAAGAGUUCAAGACGGACGGCGACAAGUACGAGGGCGACCUCAAGCUCGCCGCCGCCGCGGUCGUCGGUGUCGUCGGGACUGGUGCGCUCGCUAUCCUCCUCACCUCCGCGCUUUAAGCGGUUCGGUGAACGAAGAGAGUGGUGGACGCGUCCGUUCGCACGUCGUGCUAUUAGCUAUAGUUGUUGAGAGAGUCUCGAUGCGGACGACCGUCGAGUUGAAAUAUACGAUUCGAUGAUUCAUAAUACCGAACACCCCGAAACGUGCGUGAACGGACGAAACGAACGAUAUGACGUGAUGUGCGUGUCAUUAACUUGGGCUCCCAAGCCUUGCUUCU